AUGGCUCUCUCAUGGCUGGACCAAGAACUAUGGAAAAGACGGGCCGACACACUCCUCUGCCACAACUGCGGCUGGAAUAUGAAACUUCAGGUUCGCACUGGAUACGCUAGCACCGUCAAAUUUACCUUUAUUGAUUCUUUCGGAAAUGACUACAUUGGGACUGACUUUGCGACCACCAAAUGGGUACGCGAAAAUACGAAAAUCCCUGUGGUUGAGGAGAUGAAGUACUGGAAGGAUGACAACAGCCACUUUUUCUUGAUGAAAAGGGUGCCUGGUGAAAGUCUAGAGGAUGCAUGGCCACGGCUCAGCGGAGCCGAAAAAAAAAAUUACGCACGCGAAGUUAUUGAAUAUAUUGCAGAGCUUCGCAAGCACAAGGCACCAUCACCACAGACGGUCGAAGGUGCCCCCGUACGCGACCAAAUGCUCGGGUCUACGCACACCUCGGUGGUGGUUAUCGAGGACAAAGAAACUUGGUGGGCACGUGUGGCAAAAGGCAACAUUAUGGUACAUGACGGACAUGUCAGCGGCAUCAUUGAUUGGGAGCAUGCAGGGUAUUUGCCUGAUUGGUGGGAACAUGCGUGUGCCUAUAAUUGGAUUCAGGAGCCUCUGUGGCAGAGUCUCAUAUGCAAAGAGAUGGAAAAACAACUCGAAACCGAAUUUGGCAACUAUCGGAUACUGAGCGACGCAAAUUUGAAGACAGAGGGAACUUUUGCGACUCCCUAUGCGUCUCAACGUGCCCCCGAACACCUCCCUCCAACCAACGUGCUCCUGAACGUGCGCCUGAAUAUGCUCCUGAACGUGCUCCAGCUGAUAUCUCAUAACCCUAUGCCUCUCAACGUGCUCCCGGACAUACCCCCAAACGUCCCCCCCAAAAUGACCCCCAACGUGCCCCUGAACGUGCUCCUGAACGUGCGUCUGAAUGCGCUCCAUCUGAUAUCUCAUAACCGUACUCCCAUCAUCCCACGAUAA